AUGACUCAACCACCAGGUAUUGCUGACAUAUGCAACACCACUCUUUGGUCAACUGUAUCUGACUUUAAUAUUGAAGAUAGAUCGACCUUGACCGGCAAGGACCAAGCACCCGGCGAUGAACCCCAAUAUCAACAGCGUGAAGCGCAGAAAUACCGUCGUGCUAUACAAAACUGCAGCGAGGAGGAGCUCCAAGAGCUAUUGAUGUCCAUCCGAAGCGUGAGUAGCCUGGCUGAGGCCAGACAACAAGCUUUGGAUCUCAAAUAUUGUUGA